CAGCUCUGUCUCUGAGACAAGGUUUUUAACCUAAUGCACAGAAUUAGUGUUGCAUCAACAGUAUAAAAUAAGCCACAAAGGAAGUGCCACUUCUCACCUGCUUUCAAUACUUGCAGUGAGACAACAUGGAGGUCACAGCUCUCCGCAUCAGACUGUUGAUCAGUGUGUUGUUCCUGCUGUGUGCACUUAAUCAGAAAGCCUAUUCAGUGUUUCUUCGAGUCGACCCAAACAGGCUGCAGUUCUUUGAAUAUGAGCCUGUAACUUUCCAUUGUGAGGGGGUCAAAGGGGCAGUACACUCUUGUAGAACUACUAGUAGUCUGGCAUCCAAACAGCUGUCCUGUAACAUUAAAAAUAUUUUUCUAGAAGACAGUGGAGAGUACUGGUGUGAGGCUGAAGGGGGGGAGAGAAGCAACAGCGUCAACAUCACUGUCACUGAGCAUUCAGUGAUCCUGGAGAGUCCUGCUCUUCCUGUGAUGGAGGGAGAAGCUGUGAAUCUGAGCUGUAGAAACAAGACAGCUUCUUUCAACCUCCAAACUGAUUUCUAUAGAAAUGGCUGCCACAUCAGUAGCAGCUCAACAGGAGAGAUGACCCUCCACAGUGUUUCCAAGUCUGAUGAAGGACUCUACAAGUGCAGCAUCACUGGAGUUGGAGAAUCACCAGAGACCUGGCUGUCUGUCAGAGAGACUACUCCCACCUCCUCCAAUCCCACCUCUUCCAAUCCCAACUCCUCUGAUUCUACCCCAUGGAUCGUUGUUACUGUUCUAUUGAUGCUUCUGCUAUUGGCAGUGGGACUUCACCUUGGAAAAGGUUAUUUGCACACAGUAUUGCUCUACCUGUCCACACUGACACCUGGAUCAGGCUUACCUGAGGACCAAACAGUCUCUGUAGAAACCAGUGCAGCUGAUGCAAAAGUGGCGUAUGCUGUCGUAACAAAAAACAGGAGGAAGAAAGAUGAGGAUGAAUUUGCGUCUAGACCUAUUUACUACACCUUGGGCCUGGGUGACACUGAACACCUGGCAGAGCAUGCAGCAGUUAUCAACCCAUCAUAUACAGAGAAUGCCUUAUACUCUUCAAUCUAGUAGGUUGCUAAGUGAAGGAGGAGCUUUAAAAGACAACAAUUUCAAUCAAUUUUCUUUGUCAGAUGAAAUUGUAUGAGGUACAAUUCCAUAGAAAUGUUAUCCCAUUAGUUUUUUUCAUCCUGUGCAUUAUUCAUCAUAAAGCAUUUCCACACAAUAGACCUAAUGGUGCAGCUUGUGUAUAUUCCGUUAGAUAGUACAAUUGGCUACAUGUAUGAGAUCAGUGAUCAUAUUUAAUGUAUUCAUAUCUUUUUGAGCUGGCCUGACAUGGUUGUAAGUUCAGUGAAGUUCAAAGCAUUUAAAAAAAAUGUUGCAUGCAGCCUUCAUCUGACGAAAUAAAGAACCUGUCUAUUAAUAGAAAGUAUCAGUUAACUAUGGUCCAACAGCUAAACCAACUUGUUCCAUCUGUGUUUUUGCACACAUGUGAGAAGUCUGAUUACAGGAACUGCUGCAGUUUUUAAAUACACUCUCUGUGGUCAACUGCUAA